AUGAGUGAACCAAUGAAGAAAAAAACUCAGCACUCAUCAUUUCUGUCUGCUUCUUCGGUCACAUUGGUCUUAUUUGUUGUGCCAGUCAAUAGUAUCAUUCUUUCCGUGUAUACCGGUUAUCAGAAUCAAAUUUUGAAUAAUUUCAUUUUCCUAGCAUUCGCUAGUCAUGGAAUCGCAUCCACUGUUAUCAUGGUUGUUGUCCACAAUCCUUAUCGCAGAUUUCUCCGUUCACUAUCACUUCAAUCAAGCCGCAAAUUUACAAUCAUGGUGAUAAAUUCUGAGAUUAGAUUUAGAACCACAUAA